AUGGUGCAGCGCCUGACGUACCGUAAGCACAUCCGCUACAACACCAAGGGCAACAAGCAGAGGAAGGUGAAGACGCCGGGUGGCAGGUUGGUCUUCCAGCAGCUGAAGAAGAAAGCGUCCCCGCCUAAGUGCGGCGACUGCGGCAAGCAAUUUUGGCUCCAUAUUGUGACGGGCCGAUCUCCUCAGCCUCUGGCGGCGCCCCCGCGGAUGAGCACGCGCGUUUCCUACGAGGACGCCGAGAAGUUCCUCAGGAGAUGCCGCGCCCGCCCCGAGCGGAUGCGCGUCCUCUGCAGCACCAAGGCCUCGCGGGAGGGCGGCGACGAGAUGGCUGUCGACGUGGAGGUGUCGCCGGGGGGCCCCGUGGUGCAGGUCCGCGAGAUCAGCAUGGCGAGGGGCUGGACGGGCUGCCGGUUCUCCCCCUCGGCGCUGUGGCUGGCGCUCGCCCUGGCCCGCCGGUUCGGCGGCGGCCCGCGCGGCCCGCCGGAGGAGGGCGCGCGGCGCCAGAGGUCCCUCGAGCUCGGGUGCGGCGUGGCACUGGCCGGGCUCACCGCCCACGCGCUCGGCUUUGACACCACCCUCACGGACAUCCUCGACGGGCAUCUGGAGAGCCUCUCCAGUCGGCUGCGCGCAUGA